AUGGAGCGCGCGGCCUCCAGCAUCCAGGUGCUGCUGCAGGCGGCCGAGUUCCUGGAGCGGAGGGAGCGGCGCGACCGGAUCGCCCCGUGCCUGGCGGAGGCCGAACACGGGUACGCCUCGCCGUGCCCUGCGCGGCUCCGCCAGGCCGGGGACGGCGGCAGGUCGGUGCACAACGCGUUGGAGAAGCACAGGCGGGCGCAGCUCCGGCGCUGCCUGGAGCAGCUGAAGCAGCAGGUGCCGCUGGGCUCGGGGCCGGCCCGGCCCACCACGCUGAGCCUCCUGCACCGCGCUCGGCUGCACAUCCAGCGGCUGCAGGAGCAGGAGGUGAGAGCGCGCCGGGUGAAGGACCGCCUGCGGAGCCGGCAGCAGAGCCUGCGGCAGCGGCUGGAGCAGCUGCUGAGCCCUGGCGGGGCCGAGCGGAGCCGUGCCGACAGCCUGGACUCGUCACAGCUCUCGGAGCAGUCGGGCUCAGACGGAGAGGAAGCCGAGGUCGACGUGGAGGGUGCAGGGCUCGGUGCGGAGCCGCUGGUUGGCUUCUGCACCGGGAAAGACCACAGCUACUCCAGCCCCCGCAGCCCCUGGUCCUGACAGCACUGUCCUCCAGGACACACGCCACAUCGACCCGGGGCUGUGGGGGGCAUUGGGUGCCUGGUGCAUCCCUACCCCAGGUGGCUGAGUAGAGCUGGAUGCUGGGCCCCACUCUGCACAGCAAAGUACUGGGGGGGCGUGGAAGGCACUGGCAAACAGCCUGGCCCCAGUGGGGACGUGCCGUGAUUGUGUACAGUGGACGCAGGGCAGUGCCCACCCCCCAGAUGCAGCUACAGGCUAGCCCUGCUGGAGCCAGGAAGGGGAAGUAAGCAUGCUUAGCAAUGCUUCGUGCCCCCACCAUACCCUGACUCCUCUCUCUUGUAUAUACUGAUACUAUUAUUGCAGUAA